UUUUUCUCACUAUCUUCACAUUCACACUUUCUCUCUCUACACUUUUUCCCCAAAACUCACCGAUCAUGGGUCAGGGAACUCCGGGCGGUCUCAACCGGCAGGGCAUGCCGGGGGACAGGAAGCCAGACAGCGGCGACAAGAAGGACAAGAAGUUCGAGCCGGCGGCGCCGCCAGCUCGCGUUGGCAGGAAACAGCGGAAGCAGAAGGGGCCCGAGGCGGCGGCGCGGCUUCCGACGGUGACGCCGGUUUCGAAGUGCAAGCUGAGGCUGCUGAAGCUGGAGAGGAUUAAGGACUACCUUCUGAUGGAGGAGGAGUUCGUGGCCAACCAGGAGCGACUGAAGCCGCAAGAGGAGAAGGCUGAAGAGGACCGAUCCAAGGUCGAUGACCUUCGCGGUUCGCCCAUGUCCGUUGGAAACUUGGAGGAGCUCAUCGAUGAGAAUCAUGCAAUCGUUUCGUCAUCGGUUGGCCCUGAGUACUAUGUUGGAAUCUUGUCUUUUGUCGAUAAGGAUCAGCUUGAACCCGGUUGCGCCAUCUUGAUGCAUAACAAGGUUCUAUCUGUUGUUGGGCUUCUUCAAGAUGAAGUUGAUCCAAUGGUCUCAGUCAUGAAGGUUGAGAAAGCUCCUUUGGAAUCCUACGCUGACAUUGGUGGUUUAGAUGCCCAGAUACAGGAAAUUAAAGAAGCAGUUGAGCUUCCUCUCACGCAUCCUGAACUGUACGAAGACAUUGGUAUCAAACCACCUAAGGGGGUCAUUUUAUAUGGAGAACCUGGAACUGGAAAGACCUUGCUUGCAAAGGCUGUUGCAAACUCAACAUCAGCAACAUUUUUAAGAGUUGUUGGUAGUGAAUUAAUACAAAAAUACUUGGGAGAUGGUCCAAAACUUGUGAGGGAACUUUUCCGGGUAGCUGAUGAUCUCUCCCCUUCAAUUGUAUUCAUUGAUGAAAUUGAUGCAGUUGAUACUAAAAAGUAUGAUGCUCACUCAGGUGGAGAACGCGAAAUUCAAAGGACUAUGUUGGAGCUUCUUAAUCAGUUAGAUGGUUUUGAUUCAAGAGGAGAUGUAAAGGUGAUCCUUGCAACCAACAGAAUUGAAAGCCUUGAUCCAGCUCUGUUGAGACCUGGUCGAAUAGACAGGAAAAUAGAGUUUCCCCUCCCUGACAUCAAAACCAGGAGACGCAUUUUCCAGAUACACACAUCAAGGAUGACAUUAGCUGAUGAUGUGAACUUAGAAGAAUUUGUUAUGACUAAGGAUGAGUUUUCAGGGGCUGAUAUAAAAGCAAUAUGCACUGAAGCUGGCUUACUUGCUCUACGAGAGCGCCGAAUGAAGGUAACACAUGCCGACUUUAAGAAGGCAAAGGAUAAAGUGAUGUUCAAGAAGAAAGAAGGGGUGCCAGAAGGACUGUAUAUGUAAAAUAUGUUCCUCAAUUUCUCUGAUUUCUGUCGUUGGUUAUGGUCGUUCUUCUUUAUGUUGUGUGAACGAUGUUUAUUCGCCUGUAUCGUAAAUUAGAGCUUUCAGGGAUUACGAUCUGAACUACAAUUCAACAUAGUUUCCGUUUAUCAUUUAAAAGAUGAGGGAGCAUUUUUCAUAA